AUGCUAUUAAGAAAAUUAAGUCACGCUGGUUUUUUGUACAGUUCUGACUCUUCAGAAAUUUAUUUUAAUAUUUUAGAUAUAUCUGUGACUGGUCAAGCACAAUUGUUCUCUAGUUCUCAUGUUUUUCUUGAUGGUUUUAGUUACCGUUUAUAUAACUGCUUAGUGUGCAGUUAUUCCACUAGAUUUUCUUCUCAUAUUAAAUAUCAUAUCCGAACUCAUACUGGUGAAAAACCCUUUGCUUGUUCUCAUUGUGGAAAAAGUUUCGCUCAAAAAGCGAAUCUCAAGAGUCAUUUAAAAAUCUUUCUUGCAAUUUCAGGCUCUUUGAUUCCCGGUAGUACUUUGUAUACUUCUGUGAGUGUAUUGAUUGGUGGACGUUUAACUCGUGUUCAUAAAUGCACUUUAUGUUCCUAUUCAUCAUCUGACACUUCAUGCAUGAAACUUCACUUAAGAAAGCAUACGGGAGAAAAACCUUUUGUAUGUAACAUAUGUGGGAAGAAAUUUUCCCAAAGGGGUAACUUAAAAACUCAUGUAUUUAACCGUCAUAGAAAAUGAACAGAAAUGUAAUCUUUUCCUUAUUUCAUAUUAAAAUGUCUUUUUUUUU